CCUCCGCGCCGCCGCCGCCGCCGCCGCCGCCGCCGCGAUGCCCCCCCCCGCGCCCGGGGCCCGGCUCCGGCUCCUCGCCGCCGCCGCCCUGGCCGGCCUGGCCGUCAUCAGCCGAGGGCUGCUGUCCCAGAGCCUGGAGUUCAGCUCUCCCGCCGACAACUACACCGUGUGCGAAGGCGACAACGCCACCCUCAGCUGCUUCAUCGACGAGCACGUGACGCGCGUGGCCUGGCUGAACCGCUCCAACAUCCUGUACGCGGGCAACGACCGCUGGACCAGCGACCCGCGCGUGCGGCUGCUCAUCAACACGCCCGAGGAGUUCUCCAUCCUCAUCACCCAGGUGGGGCUGGGCGACGAGGGCCUUUACACCUGCUCCUUCCAGACCCGCCACCAGCCCUACACCACUCAGGUCUACCUCAUCGUGCACGUCCCUGCCCGCAUCGUGAACAUCUCCUCGCCUGUGACGGUGAAUGAGGGGGGCAACGUGAACCUGCUCUGCCUGGCUGUGGGGCGGCCGGAGCCCACAGUCGCCUGGAGGCAACCUCGAGAUGGCUUCACCUCGGAGGGCGAGAUCCUAGAGAUUUCCGACAUCCAGCGGGGCCAGGCCGGGGAGUAUGAAUGCGUGACUCACAACGGGGUCAACUCAGCGCCUGACAGCCGCCGCGUGCUGGUCACCGUCAACUAUCCUCCCACCAUCACGGACGUGACCAGCGCCCGCACGGCCCCCGGCAGGGCCGCCCUCCUGCGCUGCGAGGCCAUGGCGGUGCCCCCCGCGGAAUUCCAGUGGUACAAGGACGACAGGCUGCUGAGCAGCGGCGCGGCCGAGGGCCUGAAGGUGCAGACGGAGCGCACCCGCUCGAUGCUCCUCUUCGCCAACGUGAGCGCCCGGCACUACGGCAACUACACGUGUCGCGCCGCCAACCGGCUCGGAGCGUCCAGCGCCUCCAUGCGGCUCCUGCGCCCAGGCUCCGUGGAGAACUCAGCCCCGAGGCCCCCCGGACCCCUGACCCUCCUCUCCGCCCUGGGCUGGCUGUGGUGGAGGAUGUAGGAAGAACCCAGAGCAGCUCGCCUCCCCCUCCCCUGCAGGGGGCCUGAGGCCCGAGAGCAAGAGGAAAAGGAGGGGGAGCAGGCGGCGUGGGCCUCCAGGGGACAGAAGAGCUUUCCCUCGGCUGCCUGCCGAGGAAGGAGGAGGAAGGAGGAGGGAGGAGGAAGAUCGUCAGAGAAACCCAUCACUGUGAGGGAUAACGCAAAAUUAUGCAUCUUUCUACAGCCAUUCUCGCCACCGUUCACGUUUCUGAUUGUGACCCACCCACCCCCGCCCCUCCCAGCCCUCUCUCAGCUCAGGCUGGCCACUGGAUCGCAAGUGGGGAGUGGGAGUGUGUGCGUGCGUGUUAGCCUGCACGUGUGUGUGUGUGUGUGUGUGUGUGUGUGUGUGCAUGGGAGUGGGUGGGCAGGGAGGGGAAGGGGGCUCCGAUCUUCCCUUCCUGACACCCCCACGUCCACUGCCCCCGCCCUGCUGCCUCCCCGUGCCCCCCCCCCCAGGGCUGGAGGUAGGUAUAGGGGCUUCCGUGGCAGAAGCUGUGAGGGGAGGUUAUCCAUAGCCCUGCUUCCCCAGUAAAUGCACGCACACCCCCCACUCCUGGCUGCUGGGUGGGUUGGCAGUGGAGAGGGGUGUCAAGCUGUCCACCGGCUGCUGUGAG